AUGCAAGAGAGUAUAGAAGGUGGGUCGUCGUCCUCGUCUUCAGCGGUCAUGAUGCCUGGCGGUGCUUUGCGUUUAUUGUUGUGGGGUGACGUGGAAGGUUCGUUCAAUUUGUUUCAGGAGAGUUUGAAUCGUGCUGUUGUGAAGUUUGGUUCAUUUGAUGCGUGCAUUUGCGUGGGCAAUUUCUUUGGACACGUGUCCUCUACGAAGUACGCCGUGGAGCAUAUUUCGAUUCUUGAACGUGUUCGGACGCUUCUUCCUGAACAACUCGCUGUAAGCCAAGUCUUCAUCUUUGACCAACCUACUACCCAGGAUAGUCUGGGUGGGGAAUUACAACAGAAAUACCCUAGCGAUCUCACUCCUCUUACGGACCAUUUCACUCUUCUCCCUGCCCGCGGCUGCUCUGUCAUCCUCGACAACCUACGAAUCGCCACCUGCGCCCACCCACCUCAUUUCGCGCCUGACGUAAACCGUCUUGCAAAUCAAACAAAUCCUCCGAGCGACUGGACAGUCGUCGACCUCUGUCUUGUCAGCGCCUGGCCAGAAAAUAUCCAGGCCGGACUCACCGGCGAGGAACUCCUCACUCUACAAUCAAACUGCGCCCUGUAA